UAGACAACAAACCCCAGUUGAAGAAGAAAGAAAAUCUAUAUCAGCUUUAUGAGUUCAUGAAAAUAGCAAUCAAAUAACCAAAACAAAAAUCUUUCCUUCUCAAACACCAACAACAGCUUAAGAUGUGGGCGAAAUACAAAUCUUUCAAGAUCAACAAAGUUGCGGAAGGUGCAAUUCAAGAAGGAAAGAUGAAUGUAAAUGAUGAAUACCAAAGUGCACUCAAAACAAAAUCCUAUGCAGAUUUUUUCACCAAAGCUCAAUCAUUCCUAAACAAGGGACAACAUUCUUCUCCCACAGCUUACUGUUGUUGUACCAUGUCCAACGGCCUCUUAGAACCUGGUCAAGAGGCGGUAGCUACCGUCCUUGAUGCAACCAUCUUGUCGAAGAACUCAAAUCUCAAAAGCCUGAUUCAUAGCUAUUUUGAAAUUAGUGCUGAAGCUUCAAAUAUUUGUAGCCAUCUCUUAACAAGCAUCCAACAAAUUCAGUUUAAUUACCAAUUUAUUCAGAGAGUACUCGACUUAGUACUAGCGGGAGGUGACGUCUCGAGUACUACUUCUACUGAAGAGUGGCAUAGUUUUGUGAUGUCUGAGCUGAAUUCAUUUAACCUUCUCAAGAACCCGUUUUCGAACCCAAAUAGAUACGAUUUCAAGCUGGUUCUUGAGCGGUACUCGUCAGUGUUGCAUCAUUUGAAAUCCAGAAGAAAGAAGAUUGUUAGAAAGAUUAAACUGAUCAAAUAUUUCAAGAAGGGAACCGAAGUUUGCAUAACAGCCACUUGUGGAGUCCUUGCAGUUGCAACAAUUGCUCUAGCGGCACAUACUAUAUUUGGGUUGCUUAUGGGACCUGCACUUCUAAGUUUACCGUUAAAGAGCUUUUUGAAGAAAAGGAAGAAAAUUUUCAUGAGUUAUCAAUUUUUGCAAAGUGGGUUUUUAAGGAGGUUGGGAACGCAACUUGAUGUAGCAGCAAAAGGAGCUUAUAUUUUGAAUCGGGACUUCGAUACAAUGAGUAGACUAGUAGGUCGUCUUCAUGAUGAGAUUGAACAUAGUAAGGCUAUAGUAAAGUUCUGUUUAGAAAGGAAAGAUAACAGAUUUCCAUUGCAAGAAGUGGUGAAGGAACUUAAGAAAAGUAAUUUGGGAUUCAAGAAACAAGUUGAAGAACUUGAAGAACAUGUUUAUCUAUGCCUUGUUACCAUUAAUAAGGCUAGAUCUUUGGUGAUAGAAGAAAUGGCUUCCACGAGGAAGGUAUAUUGAGUUACCAUCAUCAAGAAAUUUUAAGUGGGAAAGAUAUAGAGUUAACCAAGAAAUGUGUAAAUAUGUAGUUUGACAUGCAUCAUCCAUUCUUUAAUUUUCCUUUAUAAAUUUGUAUAAAUGUGAGGUUGUAUAAUAUAGAUACAAGUAAGGUUUUUAAAGCGUGAAGUGAAGCUUGAUUUGUUUUUCAA